AUGAAGGAGAAGUCCAAGAAUGCGGCCAAGACCCGCAGGGAGAAGGAGAAUGGCGAGUUCUACGAGCUGGCCAAGCUGCUCCCGCUGCCGUCGGCCAUCACCUCGCAGCUGGACAAGGCGUCCAUCAUCCGGCUCACCACCAGCUACCUGAAGAUGCGCGCCGUCUUCCCCGAAGGUCUCGGAGACGCGUGGGGACAGCCGAGCCGCACGGGGCCCCUGGACAGUGUCGCCAAGGAGCUGGGGUCGCACUUGCUGCAGACCCUGGACGGCUUUGUGUUUGUGGUCGCCUCGGACGGGAAGAUCAUGUACAUAUCGGAAACAGCCUCCGUGCAUCUGGGCUUGUCCCAGGUGGAGCUCACGGGCAACAGCAUCUAUGAGUACAUCCAUCCGUCCGACCACGACGAGAUGACGGCCGUGCUGGCGGCCCACCAGCCCCUUCACCAUCACCUGCUCCAAGAGUACGAGAUCGAGAGGUCGUUCUUCCUCCGCAUGAAGUGCGUCCUGGCAAAGAGGAACGCGGGCCUGACGUGCAGCGGGUACAAGGUCAUCCACUGCAGCGGCUACCUGAAGGUCAGGCAGUACCUGCUGGACAUGUCGCUGUACGACUCCUGCUACCAGGUCGUGGGGCUGGUGGCCGUGGGCCAGUCGCUGCCGCCCAGCGCCGUCACCGAGGUCAAGCUGCACAGCAACAUGUUCAUGUUCCGGGCCAGCCUCGACCUGAAGCUCAUCUUCCUGGACUCCAGGGUGACCGAGCUGACGGGGUACGAGCCGCAGGACCUGAUCGAGAAGACCCUGUACCACCACGUGCACGGCUGCGACGCGUUCCACCUCCGCUACGCGCACCACCUGCUGCUGGUGAAGGGCCAGGUCACCACCAAGUACUACCGGCUGCUGUCCAAGCUGGGCGGCUGGGUGUGGGUGCAGAGCUACGCCACCGUCGUGCACAACAGCCGCUCGUCCCGGCCCCACUGCAUCGUGAGUGUCAAUUAUGUCCUCACGGACAUCGAGUACAAGGAGCUGCAGCUGUCCCUGGACCAGGUGGCCACGGCCAAGUCCCAGGACUCCUGGAGGACCGCCCUGUCUACCUCACAAGAAACUAGGAAGUUAGCUAAACCCAAAACCACGAAGAUGAAGACGAAGCUGAGAACAAACCCUUACCCCCCGCAGCAGUUCAGCCCGUUCCCGACGGAGAGACUGGAGUGCGGCCAGCUGGCACACUGGAGGGCCAGCCCCCCCACGGACGCCGCGGCCCCCCCGGAACAGCAGCUGCACCCCGAAGGCGGCGACCUCCUGUACACCCCGCCCUACAGCCUGCCCUUCUCCUACCGCUACGGACACUGCCCUCUGGACCCCCACGUCUUCAGCGGCAAGAAGCCCGUGCUGCCGGCCAAGUUCGGGCCCCAGGGGUCCCCGUGCGAGGUGGCGCGCUUUUUCCUGAGCGCGCUGCCAGCCGGCGGCGAGUGCCAGUGGCACUAUGCCAACCCCCUGGUGCCUGGCAGCCCAUCUCCAGCUAAAAACCUCUCUGAGCCGCCGGUGAACACUGCCCGGCACAGCCUGGUGCCGAACUACGAAGCGCCCGGCCCCGCGCGCAGGUUCGGCGAGGACACCGCGCCGCCGCCGCCCAGCUUCCCGAGCUGCGGCCACUACCGCGAGGAGCCCCCGCCGGGCCCGGCCAAGGCCGCCCGCCCGGCCCCGCGGGAAGGGGCGCGCCUGGCGCUGGCCCGCGCGGCGCCCGAGUGCUGCGCGCCGGCCCCCGAGCCGCCCGCGCCCGCGCAGCUGCCCUUCGUGCUGCUCAACUACCACCGCGUGCUGGCCCGGCGCGGGCCGCUGGGGGGCGCUGCGCCCGCCCCGUCCGCCCUCGCCUGCGGCCCCCACGCCCCGGAGGCGGCGGCCUCCGCGCACCGGCCCCGGCCCCCCGGCCCCGCCGCCGCCGCGCCGCCCGCCGCGCCCCUGCCGCACUACCUGGGCGCCUCGGUCAUCAUCACGCACGGCAGGUGA